AUGGGCGGCCCAGCAGAAGACAAGAUGGCUGUCAAAAAGCGAUCGCAGUCGGCUUUCGGUUACCUUCGACUGCUGGUUUCGGUCAAUCCCAAGCCCUUGGACUAUGUGCUGCUUGCCUUUGGCGUUUUGGCGUCCAUGGCUGCCGGCGUCCCGUUCCCCAUCAUGUCCCUGAUCUUCGGUCAGUUGGUCGACCAGCUCAACAGCGCCUCGUGCGCCGCCAGCGAGCAGAAGCCCGUCAACUCCCAAGAGAGCGCCAUCUCCGACAAGGUCCUCCUCACCGUCUACAUUGCCAUUGCCAACUUUAUCCUGAUUUACGUCGCCACCGGCGCCUGGACCAUCUUUGGCGAGCGCCUCGUGCGCCGACUUCGGUACGCCUAUCUCCAGUCCCUCCUGCGGCAGGAGGUGGCCUUUUUCGAGACGUGCCCCGCGGGCGAGGUCGCCGCCCGUCUGGACGGCGACCUCUCCACCAUCCAAUCCGGCGUGUCUGAAAAGGUCGGCAUCGUCAUCCAGAGCAUCUCGUACUUUUGCACCGCCUACAUUGUGGGCUUCACCAUCGACGCGCCCCUGACGGGCAUGCUGGCGAGCGUCGUACCGGCCUUUUUGCUUAUGGCGUACUUCGGCGGCCGCUUCACGAAAAAGUACACGGGGCAGGUCAACUCGACCCUGGCACCGGCCAUUGCGCUGGCCUCCGAGUCAAUUGCCAACAUGAAGCUCAUCAAGGCCUUUCGCGCCAGCGGCAGGAUUCAGCGCAUCUUUGAGAGCCAGCUGGUGGCGGCAAGGAGACCGGGCGUGGGCAAGCUGCUGACGGCCGCGAUUCAGGUUGGCUUGCUUUACUUUAUUGCCUUUUCUUCCAAUGCUCUGGCAAUUUCGCAGGGUGGAAGACAAGUUGCCGAUACGAUUGAGACCGGGUCUGGCGUGACUUUGGGAGCUGUCUACACGGUCAUGAUGAGUCUGAUUGAUGCAUCAUAUAUCAUCAGCCAAAUUGCCCCUUUUGCCACCAUUUUCGCCUCGGCAUCCGGCGCAGCAGACAAGAUUCUCGACACGGUCCAUCGCAAGCCUCAAAUCGAUUCCUCCAAGGCUGCCGACGGCCAGGUCCUGAGCAAGAUCGAAGGCGAAGUUGAGUUCCGCAACGUCGACUUUAGCUACCCGAGCCGUCCCGAAGCAAAAGUACACGACAACUUCAACCUGGUCAUCCCCGCCGGCAAGAUGACAGGCAUCGUCGGCGGCUCCGGCUGCGGCAAGUCCACCAUUGCGGCGCUGAUCCAGCGCUUCUACGACCCCGAGCAAGGCCAGGUCCUGAUUGACGGGCACGACAUGCGCGACCUGCAGCUGCGAUCUCUCCGCAGCCACAUGGGCUACGUCGAGCAGGAGGUGGUUCUGUUUGAUCGCUCCAUCAUGGAGAAUAUCGCGCAUGGACUGAUUGGUUCCUCGGAGCCAGAGCAUGAGCCGCUGCAGCGACUAGUCGUCGACGGCGACAUUGCAGAGCUCGCAGACAGAGUUGUGGAAGGCGGUGACCUGGACACGCUCGUGGCGCACUCGCCGAAGCUUCGCGAGCUCUUGUCCAUGAUCCGCGUCGCAGCCACCCGAGCCGGUUUGGACAACUUUGUCGUCGAGCUCGACCAUGGGCUGGCCACAAACGUCGGCGCGGGCGGUGGCCGGCUGAGCGGUGGGCAGAAGCAGCGUGUGGCGCUUGCUCGUGCUCUGAUUCUCAUGCCUUCUAUUCUGAUCCUGGACGAGGCUACCGCUGCACUGGAUUCAAGCACCGAAGCUCAGAUCAUGGACUCCAUCCACAACCUGCCGGGCGAGAGGACCAUCAUCUGCGUGGCCCAUCGUCUGAGCACGGUGAAGCGAGCUGAUAACAUUGUCGUCCUGGGGCCCGGAGGUGUGAUUCUCGAUUCUGGCAACUACUCAACCCUCAUAAACUCUGGUGGCACAUUUGCGUCCAUGGUCCAGUCUCAAGCCAUGACCGCCACGGAUGAAGAUGAGAGACGUAGCUCAGAUGCCAUUGAACCUGCCAAGUCUGAAAAGAUUCUCGAAAAGUUGCCCCUCGUCAGCGAGGGAGAGCCCGACAAGAUGGCCGCCGACAAGACAGUCGAUGCAGAACCAACACCUACCGAAGAGAAGCAGGUCGCAAAGCCCGAGGCAAACAUGAGCACAAUCUCCAUCUUCUUCGGAAUCAUGAAGAUCGAAGGUGUCCGACACCGUGUCGCCGCCCUCGUCGGCCUCUGCGCCUCCAUCGUCGUCGGCGGCGCCCACGCCGGCGAGGCCGUCAUCUUCGGCAACGCCGUGGAGAACCUCUCCUACUGCCGCGCGCCGGGCAAGGUCCGCGACGGCGCCGCUCUGUUUGGUCUGCUCUUCUUCGUCCUCGCCAUUGCCGAGUUCAUUGCCAACUCGCUCUCGGCGGCCAGCUUCGGCUACGUCUCCGACCGGCUGGUCAACAACAUCCGCCGUUACACGCUGCGCGCCCUGCUCCGCCGCGACCUCGAGUGGCACGAGGGCGGGGGCCGGACGCACGGCGCCCUCAUCGGCUACUUCACCGCCGACGCCACGGCCAUGAGCGGGCUGACGGGCACCAUCCUGGGUGUCUCUGUCUCUGUGCUCGUGACGCUGCUCGGCGGCAUCAUCCUGGGCAACGUGGUGGCAUGGAAGAUUUCGCUGGUCCUGACGGCCUGCGUGCCUCUCAUCUUCAUGUCUGGUUUCCUUCGGCUUCGUCUCCAGGCGCGCUUCGCAGCCCGUCAUGCCAAGGCGUUCCGCGACUCGGUGUCCACGGCGACCGAGUCGGUCACCCAGAUCAAGACUGUGUCUGCCUUUUCUCUACAAGAGGAGGUUUUACACACGUUUCAGCGGUCUCUCAGAGGUCCCUACAAGGCCACGCUUCAGUCCAUCGCGUUUGGCAACCUGUGGCUCGCUGGCGCCUUCAGCAUCGGCAGCCUGGUCAAAGCCCUGGCCUUUUGGUGGGGUGGUCGCCUCAUCGCCCGCGGCGACAUUUCGCAGACUGCCUUCUUCAUCAGUAUGGUCUCUCUACUAUCUGCUGCGCAAACCAGUGGGCAGCUGUUCAGUUUGAGUCCGGACGUCACCAAGGCGGUUGUGGCUGCGCGUCGCGUAUUUGCCCUCAUUUGCCCCGAUGGCAAGGUCGAUCGUCUUAAAGCUCAGCCGUUGCAGCCGCAGGUCGACAGCGAAAAGAGUCUUACCCCUCACUCUGGUCCCAGCGGUCCCCGCGAGGGAGUCGCCGUCAGUCUCGAGAAUGUCUGCUUCUCGUACCCAAAGAGUCCGGAUCAUAUGAUUGUGCGGGAUCUGUCAUUGGACAUUCCCGCAGGAUCGUUUGCGGCUUUUGUCGGCACCAGUGGUGCUGGCAAGUCGACAAUUCUGUCUUUAAUUGGAGGAUUAUACAAGUCGACAACAGGCAAGGUGUCGCUGGAUGGUUUUGAUAUUGGCCGACGUCACGAGGGCACAGCCGACGAGGACCCCAUGCAGUAUGACGGAGAAGAUGACCAAGAACCUUUGCCGGUAUGGGAUGACAUGGCCCUCGUGCCCCAGAAUCCCACUCUCUUCUCGGGUACUCUCACCUUCAACAUUAACAUCGGCAGCCGCAACGGACGAGAUGCAACCGCAGCCGACAUCGAGCGCGCUGCCCGAAUGGCCAAUAUCCAUGAUGUGGUCAACGACCUUCCCUUGAAAUACGAGACCCCUUGCGGUCCAUCAGGCUCUCAGGUCUUCUCUGGCGGCCAGAAGCAAAGACUCUGCAUUGCCCGCGCGCUUAUUCGCAACCCGCGCCUCUUGUUGCUAGACGAGCCGAGCAGUGCCAUGGACACGGAGAGCGAGCGCCUCUUUGAGCAGACUCUGGAAGAUGUCAUGAAGCCCGACGACCAAGGAAGAAGACGCGUCACGGUUGUGACGAUUGCCCAUAGACUACGCACAAUCAUGAAGGCGGACAAGAUCUUUGUCAUAGAUCAUGGCGAGAUUCUUGACGCGGGAACACACAGCGAGCUUCUGGCGCGAUGCGAAAAGUACCGCCAAGAUGUUAUGCAUCAGACACUCAACUGA